ACAAGAAGAAACUCCGGAAAAUUUACAGACUUGUUCCUCUUCACUAUUAAAACAUCCUUCUUCAAAUUUCUCAAUCUCCGGGUUCUGAAUUUGCACGAUUUCUCAAAAAAUAACGUAACUCAACCAAAUCAUGAUUCAAGAGGAUGUUGCAAGACAAGCAGCGAUAAAACACGCGCUGAAGGCGCUAAGGAAGCGCCAUUUGCUUGAAGAAGGCGCUCAUUCUCCGGCUUAUAUUGCCCUGACCUUGCCUAUCAUCUCUCAGGGCUCGGAAUGGAAAGAGAAAGCAGAAUCCUUGGAAGGGGAACUUCAGCAGUGUUACAAAGCUCAAUCUCGAUUAUCCCAGCAACUUGUCGUAGAGGUAGCAGAAACAAGGGCAGCAAAAGCCUCGCUACUAGAAAAAGAAGCUGCAUUUGCUGAUAUGGAAAAGGAGGUGACUCAAUUAAGGGAGGAAUGUUCUCAACUGAAGGAAGAUAUAGAAGAAAAGUUUAAGGCCUUAGAAUUGCUUAUGAGUGAGAAAGAUGCUAUCCGAGCGCAAUUGGAAGAGGAGAUUGUCAGAGCUAAUAAAGCUGAAGCUGAAAAUAAGAAUCUAAUUGAUCGGUGGAUGCUGCAAAAGAUGCAAGAUGCCGAACGUCUUAACGAGGCUAAUGCACUAUAUGAAGAAAUGGUUGAUAAACUCAGGGCAAGUGGCUUAGAGAUCCUUGCUAGACAGCAAGUGGACGGAGUGGUUCGGCAAAGUGAAGAUGGUGCUCAGUACUUCGCGGAGUCGCUCAUUCCCACUACAUGCAAACACAAAAUUACGGCUCAUGAAGGUGGAUGUGCUUCUAUAUUGUUUGAGUAUAACUCUGGUAGAUUGAUUAGUGGUGGGCAAGAUCGUGCAAUUAAAUUGUGGGAUACAAGUACUGGAUCUCUUAGCGGAACCCUUCAUGGUUGCCUUGGCUCUGUUCUCGAUCUUACCAUUACACAUGAUAAUAGAUCCAUCAUUGCAGCUAGCAGCUCAAACAAUUUGUAUGUAUGGGAUGUAGGCUCGGGGCGUACCCGCCACACUCUCACUGGCCAUACUGAUAAAGUGUGUGCAGUAGAUGUCAGCAAACUUUCGAGUCGCCAUGUUGUAAGUGCAGCUCAUGACCGGACGAUAAAAAUCUGGGAUUUGCAAAAAGGUUACUGUACCAGCACAAUCAUGUGCCACAGCAACUGCAAUGCUGUUUGCGUCAGCGUGGAUGGACAGACCAUCUGCUCGGGCCACCUUGACGGGAAUCUUCGUUUGUGGGAUAUUCAGACAGGAAAGCGACUCAGUGAAGUUGCUGCACAUUCAAGUGCUGUUACGUCUAUAAGUCAGUCUCGGAAUGGAAACAUUGUAUUGACAAGCGGGAGAGAUAACGUGCACAACUUCUUUGAUAUGCGUUCUUUGGAAGUCUGUGGCACAUUCAGAGCAACUGGAAACAGAGUGGCAUCUAAUUGGAGUCGCUCUUGUAUCAGCCCGGACGAUAAUUAUGUUGCUGCUGGAUCAGCCGAUGGAUCAGUAUACAUUUGGUCGGUAGCUAAGGGUGAUAUAGUGAGCACUCUGAAGGAACACACAUCUUCUGUGCUCUGUUGCACUUGGAGUGGACUUGGCAGACCAUUAGCCACCGCGGACAAGAAUGGAAUUAUAUAUUGCUGGACUUGAUGAUUUGAUUGUUAAAUUUCCCUGUAAAUUUAUUGUGACUGAUUUUGAAUCUGAUAAAGGUGCCCACGGUUUAAAUAGAAAGUUCAGCGGCGUUACAAGAAAACCAUAGUUGAUUAGUUGAGUGUAAAUAGGAAGACAUGAACUGUUUGGUUGCUUGCUUAUGAAGGUACUAACCGCGGUAUUCGAACUGUAGGCUUGACUAACUGCACCUUCUCUUUGAUAUCCCUCGACCUGUUACCGCUACUGGCUCCCGGAACUACCGUCCAACCAAAGUGGAAGGCGGACCCCAGCCAUUUCGGGUUAAGAAGAUGCGAAAGCGCCUCUCUCUCUAUAAAGCAUCAACUGCUUGAAACUGCAAUGGUCCAAUUUCAGUGUUAAUUGACUUAAAAUUAGAGUAUUAUCCUAUUUGAUUACAGUUAUUUAGUA